AUGACUGCGAAAGCACCGGACAGCUAUACUUUCACCGUCGGAAAGCUAGAUGCGGGCAUGGCUAUACUUCUUGGAGAGCGUGCACAUCUUAUCGAGUUUCCUUCCUUACUUCUUCCUCCAGGCGCAACCGCCGGUUCGAUAGUGAACAUAUCAGUGACACAGAAUGUUCUGGAGGAGCAGAAGCGUGACGAUGAAUUUUGGCAAUUGCAGAACGAUAUUCUCGAGACAUUUGGACAUAACACGCCCAAAGCUCCUGAAAUCAAGCUUCGAAAUGUGACGCAAACCUCCGUAACUCUAGAGUGGCCCCCACUCGACCUUGCCACAGCUCAUCUACGCUCGCUUGAUAUCUACAGAAAUGGUGACAGGCUCGCGCCUAUCCCUUCUCCCAUGCAGAACACGUCGACAAAGCUUUCCGGUCUAGCUCUCGAUAACGAUUAUACCUUCCGCCUUGUCCUUCGCACAUCUGCCGGAACAUAUCAGUCGAAUGUCGUCCAUGUACGCACACAUACCAUGACCGACACUUCCGGUAUCUCUGUUUGCUUUGGGAAUGUUCAGGACCCCGUGUUGCUAGAAAAUGCGAAGUUAGCUUUGCAGGAUAUGGGCGCGAAGUGGAGCGACAAAAUCCAAAUUGACACAACCCACUUUGUUUGCACUACUCCUGCUGCGACACCUUCAGGCGCUCAAGCUACUGGUAGUGUCAGUAGUGCACCUGGGGUAGAGUACCAGAGAGCGCUGCAAUUGAGUAUACCCGUAGUGCAGCCACAUUGGAUCUUAGCAUGCCACACGGAAAAGAAGAUGAUUCCUAUUGCCUCAUACUACCUCGGCACCACUCCA